CAGCGCUCAGCCACGACGAGUCCCAACACACACUGAAGAAGCAGCGGGAGGAUGGCGGCGCGCAUGAUGCUGAGAGCGGCGCUGCAACAAACACGAUGUACGGUUCCUUUCUUCGCACAGUGUCGGAGGUCUAAAAGUUAUGUUCCAGAGACAUCGUUGUCCAGACCUCCGUGGUCUGAUCUUCCAUUACUCAACAAAGAGGAAGAGCAAAGGCGGCAUCAAGUGGUGGUACAGAAGGUCAACACCCUCAUUGAGAGCAGAGAAUACGGGCGGCUGUUUGCCGUCGUCCACUUCGCCAGCCGUCAGUGGAAAGUGACCAACGAAGAUCUGAUCCUGAUUGAAAACCACAUCGAGGCUGAAUGCGGAGACAGAAUAGUGCUGGAGAAGGUACUGCUGGUUGGAGGAGAAGAUUUCACGCUCAUCGGGAAGCCUCUUCUCAGCCGUGAUCUGGUCAGAGUCGAGGCUACGGUCAUAGAAAAGACAGAGUCCUGGCCGAUGGUCCACAUGAGAUUCUGGAAGAGGCACAGGUUUCAGAAGAAGAGGACUGUUGUUCAGCCGCAGACGGUGCUUCGGAUCAACAGCGUCGAGGUGUCGCCAAAAUUAACCUGACCUCCUCACUUUUGUAAACAAUUGUAUCUGUGCUUCUCAUUUAGGGUAAAUGCUCGUGUAAUUAAAAUUUGACACCCGUCUCUACGUUUAAUGAACUCUUGCCGUGUUAUUUCUGUGAGAUCAUCAGCUGCAGCUGACGUUUCUUCAUUUCACAUUUACAGAAUGUUUUAAGCGGAGAAAAGUGGUAGUUCUCAAGAAUUCUGGAAAAGAGCCCAACUCUCAGCUUCGUUUACCUAAAUAAAUACAAAUGUCCACUCUUAAA